AUUCAUGGCGGAUGGGACCUUGUGUUGCAAGUUGUAGGUUAAAACAUUGCAGAUAAAGCAAGAUAUAGACCAAUCAGGGAAAGUUUUGAUACAGAGAGAGUUUGAGGAUUUAAGGAUUGAGUUUUCAGAAUUAUUGGCUAGUUUCAAUCAAUUUAAGCUGCAAAAAUGAGUAUUAUGAGUUAUAAUGGUGGUGCUAUAAUAGCAAUGAAGGGGAAAGAAUGUGUUGCCAUUGCAUCAGACAUGAGAUAUGGAAUUCAAGCACAGACUGUUGCAUUUGACUUCCAGAAGCUUUUUCAAAUGAACGAUAAACUUUUUCUUGGAUUGGCUGGGCUUGCCACCGAUGUUCAAACUGUAUCAAAUGCUGUCAAAUUGAGACUCAAUAUAUACCAACUAGAAGAAAAUAGGCAGAUAAAGCCUCACUCAUUCAUGAGUAUGGUAUCCAAUUUGUUAUACAGUAGAAGGUUUGGUCCAUAUUUCAUUGAGCCAGUCAUAGCAGGAUUGGAUCCAAAAACGAAUGAACCAUUUGUUGCAUCAUGUGAUCUUAUUGGAUGUCCUAUGAUUCCUGAAGAUUUUGUGGUGACGGGAACUUGCUCAGAGCAGCUUUAUGGCAUGUGUGAGUCAUUAUGGGAACCUGAUAUGGAACCAGAUGAUCUUUUUGAGACAAUUUCACAGGCUCUGUUGAAUGCAGUAGAUCGAGAUGCUGUCAGUGGAUGGGGAGCAACGGUCCACAUUAUAGAAAAAGAUAAAGUAACUACCAAGACAUUACGUGGGAGGAUGGACUAGGAUGAAGGCUCCUUUGACUUUUAAAUUAAUUAGUUAGAUCUCUUAUAAGGAUCAUACUUGUUUAUUAAGAA